AUGGAUAACGCAGGCGAGCCAAUCUGGCCCUACGGGUUCCGUGUCCAGUGGUCAGUCAAAGAGUUGUUCGACGGCAACGACAACAACGAUACUGGAGCAUCAUCAGCGCUAAGGAUCCCGAUCCGACCUCCUAGCGUCGAUGAGAUAGCCCAGCACAUUCAUCCAGAUAUCGAUCAACGACUCCAAGCAUCUGCAGUAUCCCUCAGCCAGUGGGAAGAGAAGACCGACACCCUCGGGCUGAGUCAUCGAGGACGAAGGACGGUUUUGCAAGGAGCCAUCAACGAUCUGGCUGAUGCUGAGCGCGAAGAGGUCCUGCGAUGCGAUUCCUGGUGGCGUCAGCAAGCCCUAGAGUACGGCGAUGAUCAUUUCACCGAAACAGAGUCAAUCGGCGGAAGUCCAGAAGCAGCUAUUAUUGAGUAUUUGAACAGAGCAGAAGCCGUCAGAGACCUCCUCAUUUACGUCAACAAGAAGAUCUGCUCGACACAAAGCAAAUCAUGGCAAUGCGAUACCUGGGACUACGAUCGUCCCGCAAUCGUGAUGCAUACCGGAAUUGGGUAUACAGGAGACCAGAGAAGGAAAGCACAGCUCGAGCCUUUCAAGAAAGUUGCCUGCAUCACAGCGCUGGACAGCCUGUGCAACAAAAAUGGCUGGUCGCUGGUCGCUUACUUCUGCGAGACUAUUUCAUCAACUGCGGAGAACGCACGGUUGAAGAAAUACAGACAUCUGUUGACUGUAAUACGCAAAGACGCCGACAAUGUUGUGGAGGCAAGAGCAGUCCUUCGGCCCUACUUUGAAGAUCCACUGCAAGCUUUGGAUCCCAGUGCAGGCAAGGGCAGUGAUUGUGCGUGGCAGUCUUGUGAACACGCUAUAGAAGACAAGGCUGCAGCGUUCGUUCCCCACAUCAAAGAUUUCGAGAGCCUGAAAUUACACGUCGACGAACACGACGUAAAUCGCUCAACGAAGGCUCUGGAUCCCGAUCUUCUGCGCAAGAUGCUCAUGUUCGAUUACCCAGAGGAAGAGGAUGCGCGCGCACUGAAUCCAUUCUCCCAUUUCCGCCGGCUAGGAGCAGAGUUCGAGGAGCUUCUAAAUCCCGAUGAGCUUGUGGGCAGCCAGGCAACGAUGGCAAGGCACGUCGGUCCCGAGAGUCCUAGUUCGCAGCAGAGAGCGUCCCCAAGGACUCCUGCUGCACUUCGCAUACAGGCCUACAACUUUGGGUCUCCAAGAGAUCUUAGGCAGCGCCUUUUUGCCACUCCACCGCAGGCGGGAAGUGAAGGAAGGACAGCCAAGGACGGUCCGACGGCUAGUCAGAGUCAGACUACCCAGAUACAAAAAGACCUCGCGAUCUUGACCCUCGCAGUACUUAGCGCUCGCGAAAUUGAUAUUGCAGACCGCAGUGCCGUCAUCCAGGGACGUCUGACUUCUGUCAACGUUCCAGUGACCGUGGUCCGACGACUCCUUUGCAAUCCAGCACUCGUUGAGAUGCAUCCAGCCCUGGGACAGAAAACUGUGGCAGAAGAAGGAGCUUCGCAUCCUGAUAGACCAGUUGUCUACAACGAUUUUGUCGAUGACAUAGCGGUCUUGGUCGAAGCUUUGGCGCUGGCCCGUGAUAUCAACAUGUCCGAGGACCGAGCCAUAGUGGUCGACAAAUUCGCAUCGAAGCUGAUCCCCGUCGAUGUCGCGGAACGAGCUAUCGACAACAACCGUAUCAAGAACAAACGAAGGCGAUGGCGGAAUGAACAGGAAACACAGGCCAAAAAGAUCAAGCUCGAGAAUUGCGAGGACGAAACGAACGAUGGCAGCUAUUCGCGGUCUGGGUCUGAGUCGGUGGACGAUAGCGAGGAGGGCCAAGAGCCACGAGAUGUCGUCGACAGUGCGUAUAGCUCGCAGACCAACAUGUCUGUGUUGAGGAGCGGUGAGGACUGA